GAUUAAGGACUUGUUCCACUCUGAACUCAUCCCCUCACAACCCUACCAGAACAAAUCCUAUUUCAUUCCUUAGUUUCACUCACCCAUGGCUCCCCUUCGUCUCAGACACCCCGGUGGGGUCGUAACAAUUCAAGUCGAUUUCGAUGGUUUUACUGUCCAGGAUCUCCAGCAGGAAGUAUUGGCAGUGACCAACAUCCCGCUCGCCCUACAAGAAUAUAAAGCGGGAUACCCACCUCACAGUCUUACCGUCAUACCUGAACUUCCCCUUGAGAGUCUUGGCCUCAAACCUGGAGAACAGUUGAUCGUUUCUGCCAAACCAGGAUUACAGGCUCAAUUUUCGUCGACACCUACAGCGAAUAUCCCAACUCCGGCGGCGAGAUAUGCUCCCUCUCCGUCCCAGCCACCUCCAGCAUCAGCGUCGACCUCCGGACCCGAUUAUGUUGAAGUUGAAGGGGGUUAUCUUGUCCACAGGAUCGUACCAGAUGAUAAUGCAUGUCUGUUCUCCUCCGUUGCGCUCGUGUUCGAGCAAGGAAUAGAUAAAGCGUCAGACAUACGUCAAAUUGUCGCCGAUGAGAUUCGUGCAGAUCCUAUCAACUGGGAUGACGCUAUCCUUGGUCGACCUCGGGAGGACUAUAUCGCAACCAUUCUCAAGCCCUCAUCAUGGGGCGGCGCCAUAGAGCUGUCCGUCCUCGCAAAGCAUUAUGCCACGGAGAUUGCUUCCGUCGAUGUAGAAACUGGCCGAAUCGACCACUUCACGCCUCCACCCGAAAAAGAUACUGGAAACCGCUGCAUCCUCAUUUACUCCGGUAUCCAUUACGAUGCCGCAACUCUUGCACCGAUGCUGGACGCACCUUCUGAUUUCCAUCAGACGGUUAUGCCAGUGACUAGUCAGGGCAACAAUGACCCGAUAUUGGUGGCUGCGAAGAAGUUGGCUGAUAAGCUGCGUGCGAAGAGGGCUUUUACCAAUACUGCGACUUUCGAUUUGAAGUGCGAGGUUUGUGGACAGGGACUCAAAGGCGAAAAAGAGGCUCGUGCUCAUGCGUCGGAGACGGGACAUGUCAAAUUCGGCGAAUACUGAGCAACUGUUCAGAAUAUAAAAAAGGCUUACCAUGUUGAAUCGCUUGUUCAAGUGACCUAUGUAGUUUUAUGUCUUCGUUACUGUCAGCACGUCUCAAUCAACGCAGGGCGAUUAUUUUC